AGUCCAAAUGUCCAGAGGAAGAAACUGAGACAAACACGUGACGAACCCGGAUUAUCCAAGAUGAUGGCGGCGGCGGCGGCGGGGGUCGGGGGUCGUCGUCGGACUCCUCUGACCCUGAGCGGCGUCGACCCGGAGACCUGCAUGAUCGUCUUCACAAACCACUGGGCUCAGGUGGUGAAGAUCCUGGAGAAGCACGAGCACGGCCGCAGCUGCGGCGCUCUCAGCUUCCUGUCGGGUCACGUGACGGCGGCGGCGGCGGGCGGCGGCGGCGGCGGCGGCGGGUCGGCGCGUGCGGGCGCGAUUCCCGCCGACGAGGCCAGCGCCGUCCAGAACUACGUGGAGCACAUGCUGUUCCUGCUCAUGGAGGAGGAGGCCGGACAAGGGGGCGCCAUGGGUCCGAUCCUGGAGCUGGUGGUGGUGGAGGGCGUCCUGGAGCGUCUCUUCCUCUGGAGCCUCAGGAGACACUUCACCGACGACAUGAAGCUGGAGCAGCUCCGCAUGUACCAGAUGCUCCUGGCACGAGCGCGUCAGCCGCUGCUCCACCACAAACCCGUGCUCAGGCCGCUCAUGAUGCUGCUGGCGUCCUGCGCACACAACGGGACAGAGGGCGGAGGAGCGGUGGAGAGGGAGCUGGUUCUUCUGCUCCAUCAGCUCUGUGAGGCUCUGGUCAAAGAUCCGUCUGUGCUCGAACUUUUCUUCCACACGAGUCAAGACCAAGGAGCAGCCAACUUCCUCCUGUUCUCCCUGCUCAUCCCCUACACACACAGACAGGGGGCGGUGGGGCGACAGGCUCGGGAGGCUCUUCUUCUCAUCAUGUCCCUGUCGGAGUUGGACCUGAGAGUGGCUCAACACAUUUCACACAACACAUACUUCUGUCCGGUUCUGGCCACAGGUUUGUCGGGUUUGUACUCGUCUCUGCCCACGCGGCUGCAGGUCCACAGCCUCGACUGGCACUGCCUCCAGCCCCAAGACUGGCAGCAGGUUCCAGCGUUGGUUCACUUCCUGCUCUCUUUAGACUUCUGCAGCGCCGUCACUAAGGUGGCUCAUCCGUCCGUUCGUUCUCAGCUUCUCUCUUACAUCUAUAACGGUUUCCUGGUGCCUGUUCUGGCUCCUGCUCUGCACAAGUCGACGGUGGAGGAGGUGAUGACCACGACGGCGUACCUGGACCUGUUCCUGCGCUCGGUCUCCGCCCCGGCUCUGCUCCAGACCUUCCUGUCCUUCGUCCUGCUCCACACCCACGACCAGGUGCACGUCCUGGACACGCUGGUGAGCCGCGUCAACACCCCCUUCCAGUUGGGGACAGUGUCUCUGUCUCUGUUCCGGACGCUCAUCGGGUUUUUCUGUGAGGACGUCAUGCUCCAGCUCGUCUUCAGGUUCCUGGCCCCGUGUCCGUCCUUGAGUCGACCCACAGGCUGCAGCUCCAGCGCAGAGUCUCUCCUGCAGCUGCUGCCGUCCUGGUGUCGUCCUCACAGUCGCCUGCACAACACCGAGCACCUGCACUGGCCCAAAGGAACACAUCCGUCUGUGUCGGAUGUGGUCGGUUUUUGUCGCAGUUCAGACUUUCUGAUGGACGUGAAUUAUCUCCAUUAUCUGAUUGACGCUCGGCAGAACAUCUCCUCUGCCCACAGCGCGUGUCAGUCGUGGUCGGCUCCUUACGACGGUUCAAAUCCUUCGCCUGAGGUUUUCCGCUCUGAGACUCCGGGGAUCUUCAUCGAGGGCGAGGAGGAAGAGGACGGAGACAUUUUACCACGUCCCGAAAACAUCUCCGUUUAUUCUUCCGCCGCGACGCCUCCUCCCUCGCUCCUCUCGCCCACGCCGUCCUCCGCAGACGCGACGCCCAACGGGAACCAGGCGACCCGGUCCGGCUCCGCGCUCGAGCUCGAAUGGGACGAACUUUUUGACGACGAAAAUCCGGCAAAAAGUUUAGAGGAACCGCAGAAGAGCUCGACUCCACCCGAACAUAUCCAGGAGAUGCGGCGGAACGCGAUCAGGCUCGUCCGCGGCUCGUACGUGGAGGAGGCGGAGUUUCAGGACGACUUUUUGGUUUACGACCUGGUGGCGCAGAAAGACACCGACGCCGAGAGAGUUUCAUCGACGAGUAAGCGAAACGACACGGAGAACGCGCAAAAAACAGCGUCGCCGGCGAAGAACACUUUAGCGACUAUGCUGGCGACGACCGGAAAAAGCGUUUUGGAGACCGUGAACAGCAUCAUGUCGACGAGACGGAGGAGCGAAGACACGGGAACGGACGAUAAAACGGGAAGCGAAGUUCAAAACGCGCCAAAAAGUCACUACGUUCUGACCAAUGGCUUCACCGUGAGCAAUAACGUGUUUGACAUCGAGAACAAACACGAGUAUAAUUUGCUGUGUCUGAAUCGUUUGAACAAAGUCGUGGAGGAUCGUCCCGUGACCUUCAACGGACACGCGGAAAACGAGACGGAACCGCCAACGGAGACGACGUCCGCAGAGGAUCAGAGCGAGGUUGGAGAGGUCGGGGAAGUUGGAGAAGUCGGCGAGGUUGGAGAAGUCGGUGAGGUUGGAGAAGUCGGCGAGGUUGGAGAAGUCGGCGAGGUUGGAGAAGUCGGCGAGGUUGGAGAAGUUGGCGUCGGCCGCGAUGGCUUCGUGUUCCAGUACGAAGAGCUGAUGAGGUCCUUGGGGGCCGAGCCGGAGCUGGAGGAGUCGGCGGACGACAUGGGGUCGUUCAGGAGGAGGGUGCGAGCGCUGAGGAGGCGACUGCAGCAGGAGGAGGAGGAGGAGGAGAUGAAGAUGUGCGAGGAGGUGCUGAGAUGGACGAGAGGAGACGACGACGACGAGGAGGAGGAGGGAGGAGAGAAGCUGGAGGAGAUGGAAGAAGAAGAAGAGGCAAAGAAAAACUCCACCAGCGAGAUUCCGUUUACAGGUCCGUUCAUCAGCGUGCUCCUGUCCCGUCUGGAGAACCUUCUGGAAAACUCCAUCUCGGUGAAUCUGCUGGUGACGGGGAUCCUGGCGCAGCUGGCGUCGUACCCGCAGCCUCUGCUCUGGGGUUUCCUGCUCAACACGGAGACGGACCACGCCCACGCCAACGUGCGCACGCUCUACCAGGUUCUGGUGUCGGUUCGCGCUCAGAUCGAGAGGUUCAUGUCGCAGAGACCCGAGUACACGGCUCUGGUGACUCAGGCCUGGAGGUUUCUGCUGCUCAAGGACCACGACAAGAAGAUCCGAGAGCUCGUGGAGUCGGGUGCGACCGGAGCGGACCUGCCCCUGCCGAACGGCUCCUGCCCCCUGCCCCUGCCGCCCUGCCCCCCCAUCCCGCCCCAGGCCCAGAGCGCCGUCUACGCCAUCGUCCUCUACGCCGAGUUUCUCAAAGAGCUGGCGGCGCUGGCGCAAGAGCACAGCAUCGGCCACCGGCGAGACUGAAACGUGAAGCGGGAAAAACACGAAACGAGACUGAAACGUGAAGCG